AUGAUGGUGCUCCCGGCAGUCGAGUCUUGAUGACCACUAGAAAUGAUGGAGUCGCUCGUAAGAUGAAGGCACAACAUCUCCACCGGGUUCAUAAGCUAGAAGGAGAAGAUGCUUGGAUUUUGCUAAAGAAUCAGGUAGUUUUGAAUGAGAGUGAUGAACUAGAGGUCGGUGGAUUAAAGGAUAUAGGGACAAAGAUUGUGGAAAGAUGUGAUGGCUUGCCACUAGCAAUUAAGGUGCUUGGAGGACUCUUGUCUAACAUUAGUAGAACAAGAGAUGCUUGGGUGGAUGUUUGUAACCACUUCGCAUGGUCGAUAGAAGGGAUUGAUGACGAUAUUAACAAAGCAAUCUAUUUGAGUUUCGAGGAAUUGCCUUCACACUUGAAACAAUGUUUUCUGCUUUGUUCACUUUUCCCAAAAGAUGAAUUAAUCAGAUAUGGAGAUAUAGUCCAGAUAUGGAUCGCAGAAGGUUAUGUGCAUAACAAACCAGGUUCAAAGCUACCAGAAGAUCUAGGGUUCGAGUACUACAAAGAAUUGCUUUCAAGAAAUCUUUUAGAACCAAAAGAAGGAUCCUAUAGACAGUUAGUAUGCACCAUGCAUGAUGUUGUCCGCUCCUUUGCUCAAUAUAUAACAAAAGAUGAAGUAGUAAUUGUUAGUGAGGGGCAGAAUGUAAACAGCACUCUUAGUACACCCAUACCUGCAAUUCCUCAAGACAUAGGAAGUCUAAUUUUUCUACAAGCCAUUGACCUUGUAGGAUGUUCAAACAUUUCUCAACUUCCUAACAGCAUACUGAAGCUACGGAAGCUAAGGUUACUCGACAUUAGAGGCACCAACAUAACCUCAGUUCCUCGUGGUUUUGGAAAACUAGAAGAUUUGGUCAUACUGGCAGGGUUUCCAACCAAUUCGGAUGAUUGCACAGAUGGUUGGUGCAGCUUGGAAGAAUUAGGGUCCUUGUCAAAGCUGAAACUACUUGAUAUAACAGGUUUGGAGAAGGCAUCUUCAGGUUCCAUGGCUGCUACAGCAAAGCUGUACAGUAAACACCACCAAACAACGUUAACUUUGAAUUUUACCAGUAGGCUCGGAGACAACGGGGAGGUUGAAGAAAACAUCAGCAAGGAGGAGCACGAACAAAUCGAGGAGGUGUUGGGUAAUCUCUGUCCUCCGACUUGCAUAGAAGAACUUACUAUCAAAGGUUACUUUGGAAGUGGCUUACCACAGUGGACCAAAAUGAUGUCACCCUUUGGGACCUUAAGGAAGUUUGUUCUAGAGGGUUACGCGUGCUGUAAACAGAUUCCUAACGGAUUGGGCCAGCUCCCCUUCCUAGAAUACUUUUGGGUCGAGCAAGCUCCGUCCAUCCAGUGUAUUGGGCAUGAUUUCCUCCUCCCCUCCACGGGUGGUGAAGGUGAUGGCAAGGACGAUACACCAGUGAUAACAAGAACAAGGAUCGAAAGUAGGCAGCGUCAUCAUAUUUCUCAUGGUGCUGCUAUUGCUUUUCCCAAGCUGAAAACAUUGGGUUUUGAGGGCAUGUUAGGAUGGACAGAGUGGGACUGGGAGCAGCAGGUCCCAGCAAUGACUGUUCUAGAGGGAUUUUUGAUUGACAACUGUAAACUGCAGCAUCUUCCUCCUGGGCUUGCACACCAUGCAGGUCGACUCAUGCACUUGGACCUGAGAAAUGUCUUGCAUUUGGUCUCUGUAGAGAACUUCCUUUCGCUCGUUGAGCUAAAGAUAUUUGACAAUCCAAGACUAGAGAGGAUCACCAACUGUCCAAGCUUGCAGAAGACUACCAUUUCCAGUUGCCCACGGCUGAAGUUAUUGGAGGGUUUGCCAGCACUGGGAAGCAUCCAAUGGAAGGAUUUCGAUGCUGAAACACUACCACAAUACUUACGAGAGGCAAAGUUAACUAAGUUGACUAUAUAUUGUAGCCUCAGCUUGCUCAAACUGAUAUCCUUACAAGAUGACACCUCUGAGUGGGGAAAGAUCCAGCAUGUCCAGCAGCUAAAGGCAUAUGCGUGUGAAUCAGAGAAACUUGAUCUCGACGGGUACAUCUACUACACCAAGGAACCGUAUUCCUUAGUUCUCAGACCGAGUUGCAUGCAGGAGCAGGAAAAUAAGCUCUAGCAGAACGGCUUGUUUGGCUGUCUAACUGUUGCAUCUGGUGUCUGAAACCGAAAGGGAGAAGAACAGAUUCGGUGGCGGCGCUCUGUAGCUCGGAUUGGAAGGGAGCGCCCGCGCCGCCUCGCAGGAGCGGCAGGUUCGACGCGCGGUGGGCAGGGGGCGGACGGAGCACCGUGGCCGGGACGGGAGCGCGCACGCGCUGCUCUGCGGCAGCCGUUGCGUGCGCGCAG